AUGACGCUCACCAUGAUAUGGAUUUCGUGGGAUGAACAUGAAUUUGAUAAGAGGGAGACUGCAACAACACCAGAAACCUUAUAUAGCCCUCAAAUUGAGAACCACGCCUUUUCCGCAAGACUGGGUCAAACAAGCCUCACAGCAAUCAAGCUCACAGAAGAGCAAGCCAAGUCAUGUCAAGGCAUCUCCGAAGCAGAUGGAUUCCAAGUCCGCUGGAAGUGCAAGGUCAGCCCCUACUGUUAUGGAUUUAACAUUGAGAUUUCAUCAUUAGAGUGGUUCAAUAAGGCACAGAGAGAAUCUAUCAGACUCUUCAAACAGGCUGCAAAGGCAGACAGCUUCAAAGUAUACACGCGUGUAUAG